AUGGAUUUCAUCAGUGCCAUUGACAAGUCUAUUUGCAAUUUGGACCUAGAUGCGCGUGUCGCUGAGGCUAAUCAAUUAGACCAAAAAAAUCGCAAAGACCUACUGAAUAAUUCAACGACUGAAUUAAAAAAAAUCAAGGAAACUAGUGAUAAUACGACAAUUGAAGCUUAUAAAACGGAAGAUAAACUUAAUGAUGUGGAAGUUGAUGCCACCGCAGUUUGGAUGAAAGCUUGUGAAUACAUCGACCAUGCAGAACAAUUCUAUCCCAAAUUCAUGGAAAUUCCGCGCGGAAUGAUACAAAUAAUAAAGAAGAGGGCUAACAUCUAA